AUGUCCAUCGAUCUCAACUGGGAGACGCUCACCAGCGGCCCCGACGGCGAAGCGCUCGCUGAGCGGAUCCGGACCUUCAUCCACGACAAGUUCCAGACGGUGCCACUGCCGCGCUUCAUCCGCUCCGUCAACGUCCACGGCUUCGACUUUGGCACCAUCCCGCCCAAGCUGGACCUCAAGGACAUUACGGACCCGCUACCGGACUUCUACGACCAGGACCUUGAAGACGAGGAGAGCGAGAGCGAGGAUGAGGAGCCCGAGCCGGAGGUUGCCAGCGUGUCGGCCAGGGAGCGGCCGUAUCCCAGACAGGGAGACAGGGCGAGGCAGCGGCCUGGAGGGUUGAGGAGAGAUCUGCUGCGGCACGAGUUCAUGGGCCACGAUAUGGGCAGUCCGUUUUUAGGGACUUCAACGCCGGGCCUCCUCGGCGGCCCGGGGCUCAACUACUUCCAGGGCCAUCUGGGAACAGGCACGCACACGCCGCUCGCGGCCGUCGCCGGAGCGCAUCUGGGCAACAGCUGGAUGGGCGGGCCGAUCGCUCACCACUACGACUCCCGGAGCCCCAGCCACAGCCGGAACCCGUCGCAGAGCAGCAUCUCAGUCGACAACUUCGGCGCCAGCCUUGCUCCGCCGCUGCAGAACUUGCGCGAGAAGUCGAGCGUGUCGACCCUGGCGCCUACGUCGGUCGGCACGUCGCGGCCGCCCACCCGGGAUGCGCCCACCCGGGAUGCACAUGUCACGGCCAUGUCCGGCUCGGCCAUUGUCGAUGAUGACGACGACGAGGAGGAUCCGCAGGGCCAGGAGCCGAGACGCGAGCCCCGGGUGGAGGAUGUGCAGGCGGUCUUCAGGAUCACAUACCGCGGCGACAUACGUUUAAACCUAACGGCAGAGAUCCUGCUAGACUACCCAAUGCCGAGCUUUGUCGGUAUCCCACUCAAGCUCAACAUCACGGGCAUGUCGUUUGAUGGCGUCGGCGUCCUGGCGAACAUCCGCAAGCGCGUCCACUUCUGUUUCCUCAGUCCGGACGAUGCGCUCGCCGCCGUGGGGCCAGAUGCAGAGGAGGAUGAGUCCGGCGCGAAACACGAACACACCAAGCCGAGGUUCGGUGGCCUACUGCAAGAGAUCAAGGUUGAGAGCGAGAUUGGUGAGCGGGACGGGCGCAAGCAGAGUCUCAAGAAUGUGGGCAAGGUUGAGAGGUUUGUGCUGGAGCAGGUAAGGAGGAUCUUCGAGGAGGAGUUUGUAUAUCCUAGUUUCUGGACAUUCCUGGUAUAA